GGGGAGGGUUGGGGGCGAGAGAGAAAGUAACUCCAGGACGAGACCGGAGCGACCCGCGGAGCGAGCACAGCCGGCGAGGCUGCACCAGGCUCCGGAGACCGGCGGCUGCGGGGGGCGGGGGCUGUGCCCGAGCCCGAUCCCCCCGCUCCUGCUCCGAGCAGUGGUCUCGGGGAAAGGGUCGUUGUCCAGCACGGAUGCGUUGGUCGCAGAGAGCACUGGAGGUUCUGGUCAAGGCGUAAAGCCUGGGGCUUCCAACGAUACUCUGGGCAGCGAUGGAAGCCUAGAUGCCUCACCGCAAGGAGCGGCCGAGCGGGUCCUCGCUUCACGCCCAAGGCAGCGCCGGCACUGAGGAGGGAGGAAGCAUGUCCCGGUUGUCUCUCACCCGGUCGCCUGUGUCUCCCCUGGCCGCCCAGGGGAUCCCACUGCCAGCCCAGCUCACCAAGUCCAAUGCGCCUGUGCACAUCGAUGUGGGUGGCCACAUGUACACCAGCAGCUUGGCCACGCUCACCAAGUACCCCGACUCCAGAAUAAGCCGCCUCUUCAAUGGCACCGAGCCCAUCGUCCUGGACAGCCUGAAGCAACACUAUUUCAUUGACCGGGAUGGAGAGAUUUUCCGCUACGUCUUGAGCUUCCUGCGGACAUCCAAACUGCUGCUCCCGGAUGACUUCAAGGACUUCAGCCUGUUGUACGAGGAGGCGCGCUACUACCAGCUGCAGCCCAUGGUUCGAGAGCUGGAGCGCUGGCAGCAGGAGCAGGAGCAGCGGCGCCGCAGCAGGGCCUGUGACUGCCUGGUGGUGCGGGUCACACCGGACCUGGGUGAGCGCAUCGCGCUCAGCGGCGAGAAGGCCCUCAUCGAGGAGGUCUUCCCGGAGACUGGGGAUGUCAUGUGCAACUCGGUCAAUGCGGGCUGGAACCAGGACCCUACACAUGUCAUCCGCUUCCCGCUCAACGGCUACUGCCGGCUCAACUCGGUGCAGGUCCUGGAGAGGCUGUUCCAGAGGGGUUUCAGUGUGGCUGCAUCCUGUGGGGGUGGCGUGGACUCCUCCCAGUUCAGCGAGUACGUGCUCUGCCGGGAGGAGCGGCGACUGCAGCCCACCCCCACCUCUGUCCGGAUAAAGCAGGAGCCCCUGGACUAGGCCCAGCCUCAGUACCCACCUGAGGCCCCGUGACCCUGGGGGUGGCCCAGGGACGUGGAAAUAGCGCUGGGGAGUUCUGCCUGCACCUGCUUAGCAGUCUUCGUGAGACUGAGGGUGGGGCUGCAGGGUCCGAGGCCGCCUGGGGAGCCCCAGGGCCCCAGGUGUCAUGCAACAGAAUGUGGGGUGCUGCGGGCAUGCUUACCGAAGGACUGUUGAUGUGACCCAAAGAUGCAUCGGUGGGAGUUCUGCCACCAGUGCCCUGGGACCCCUGGGCUCCCCAGCUUGGUGCAGCAUCCUCCAAGGCCCUGGGGCUGGCCACAGUGGUGUCAGCGCAGGCCCCCCAGCCCACUGCAGAGGAGCACUUCAUCCUUCUCCACAUGUGGCGGGUGCCAAUGGGUCUUCUUGCAUCAGAGAUGGCUUAUUUUUCUACAGUAUUUAAAACAGAAGUAACUGACUGCACAAGCCAGAGAGACCAACAAGGACCAACACUUCUUUAUCUGGUGCUCCGUUCUCAGUCAGACAUGCAGCAUGCCCAUCCACAUGGUGGAAGAGCUGCCAGGCCCUCCGGCCCGCCUGCCCACGGAGUGGGGCUUGGAGACCUCUGGUCCCUGCUCUGGGGACAUGAAGGGGGGGGGUGCUGUCCAGUGCUGUAGGAACUGAAGCAAGGCCCCCAGGGAACUGGGCUGCUGGCAGGAGGGUUGUUUGGGUGUGGGGGACAGAUCGCUGUGGAACCACCGAACACCCUCACCUUUGCUGCUGCCUGGGGUGCAGGCCACACUUGGUGGGUCACCUGACUUACCAGUGCUCAGGGGCUUCUGGUCCGGUUUGUGUGUCCUCACACCUGGGCUUCUCCAGGAGUCUCUUCCCAACUGGACCAGCCACAGGGCCACAUGGCAUCCUUACCUCAGGAAUGGGUCCCAUGGUGAAGGAGCCCACCUGUCAGCAGUGUCUCCUGGGUCCCCACCUCAGGAAGCUGUCCCCAGCUCUGAUUUUUCCACACUAAUAUGCACACUGAAUUUUAAUGAAAUUUAUACUGCUAGCCUGCCGGUAAGACCUGGACAUAGGCAUACCUGGAUUCCAACGAGGACUGGCCCCGAGGGGUCCUCAUAGACCAGCUUCCUCUUAGAUGACAGGCACAAAGAUGGACACCCCAGCUUUGUCACCCUUGACUGAGCUGGCUCUUCCCAGGUGGAGAAACCGCAGACAACUGCUUGGUGGAUGAGGCGUACAGCCAGCACUGCACUGCGUACAAUGCCUGUAGAUUGUAUAUGACUCCUUUAAUAUUGUAAAGAUGCUGAUGUACAAUUGUGGUGUUUGUGUAAACACAUUACGUUCCUAGUUCAUGCCAUAAACUGCUAUAAAGCAAAAGACCGAGGCUGUGUCCUGUGCAGAAGCGGCAUUGGAUUCCGAGUUGGAUGUUGUGCCUAGGGCAUUGUGGAAGGGAGUCCUGCCUCUGUCCCUUCAGAUCAAGGAUGAACUAGCAGUGCUAACUGGGGGAGGGGCAAGGUCCCAAGCUGGCUGUUACUGCAUUUGGGUGUUUCUUCACUGCUGGGACCUGUGCCCCGUGGGCAGGACAGGUUCUGAAAUCUCAUUCACAGCUCCUAACAUGCCAGUGGGGAGGCAGGCUGGUGUCCAGGGGCUUUUGAACCCAGUCUUAGGUGUUUGAGAUUUUCCCUCUCUCUGGCUUUUGGUUGAGGUUGACACCCUCUUAGGGCCCCACAGAGCAGUAGAAAGUGACAGUCCACCGGCCAGACCAGCCAGGGGACGAGCAGGCCCUGGCGUGAGAAGGGUGGUUUACCUGAGCACAACACCAACCCACGGUGUGUUUGUUCCCAAGAGAAAGAGUCUGAAGUUACUGACAGAGGCCUCCAAUUUAAAUGAGCCCUUUUGUACUUUUCCCCAAAGCCUUUACGUUGUAACCCAUGAGGACCCUUGUACGUGCCGGGUUCAGGCCACUGGCCUCAAUCUGCCUGGAGGACGAGAGCACAGCCACUUCCUGUCUGGGGUUGCAAAGCGCACGCCAACCCACUGCACAAUCUAAUUUGCUGGACUAACUUGCUAGCCUUCUCCUUUGCUUAGCAACACACUUCCAGUUGGCACAUCUGCAUUUUGGCAUCUGAGGUUCACAUCUGAGAGGAGGAGAAAGUGUUUAUUAGGAAGUCUUGUGAAAACAGCUCAUUGCAGUGUUAUGUUCAUGGAUUUCUUUGGUACGAUAGCCAGCAUGGUUAGCGACUGGUGGGGAUGCCCUAACAUUUGAAGCAAACUCGAUUUUUGAGUAAACCAUAGAUAGUGCUUUAAAAAAAACUACCUUACUGAAUUUAUUUCUUUACUAAGUAAAAUCAGGAAGUACCACUUCACAUGCACUGGGGAAUUUCUGAAUUUGUAGAGAAAUACUUUGCUCCCACAAUAAUGCUAAAAUUCUAAUAUGCAUAAUACCCUAAACAAUAAGUAAGUACCAAGGGUUAAUUCCUUUAAAACGUUUAUACUUUAUAUACUUCCUGGAAUGAAUAUAUUGUAAGCUUUAGAUCAAAUGCCAGCAGUAUAAAUGUUAAAUUCUCUCUGUAAACCUCAAAAUAAUUAUUUUUGAUUAUAAGCAACUGGACAGAGGGCUGUUCCAAUGCGUCCCAUUCCCGCCGGCCCUCCGUCAGUGCAGGAGAGGCCUGGGCAGGCCAGCAGUGGUGGCCUCUGCAACUCCAGAUCACAUGGGGCUCAAAGCCAGGUCACAGCACUAAUAAUAUCUUUUAAAAAGUGUUUUU